UCCAGUUGUGAUGUGGUACAGUUAACAGCAAAGCUCUGUUUUUAAAUUUGCUGGCUUUUUUUUAAUAGCAGCCAGUUAGGCACAUUAGUUCAUGAAGUUAGUCAUCAAGUACCUGGACACGUCUAUGUUGUUUCAGGAUUCUUAUGGUGGAAGCUGCAGCUUCUUUGGUGAGUUAAAUGCUGAUGAGUGGGUUGUCCUGCCUGAUGAAGACAUCUCUUCUUGGGGGCAGAUUCCAUAGACCCGACGAGAGUCUUACUGUGAGAGCUGACUUUUUCUCAAAAGGCUGUAACGAAAAUGCCAACAGUAAUGUUGCAAAAUUUUUGUUGGCUAAGCUUCAGUCAUACCUCAGAAAUAUUAGCUGUGAAAUUAAAGAAAGAGUUGUAAACUGUGAUUGGUUCUCAAGAAAUCAAGAUAUAAAGCCAGACCCUAACAGAGUAAAAGUACACAUGGAAUUCUUCGUCCUCCCGUAUGGAAUUCUCUGGGAGCAACAUUGUCCUCCAGGAGACUCCAAGGAGAAGGACUGUGACAAGGAAACUCAUAAUCAAAUGAUAAAGGCAUCUUCUGUUCUUCAAGACUUUUUUCGAGAACACAAGGAAUUUGACAGUGGAAUUUCUGGUGUUGACAAAAUGAGGUUGCUGGAUGAGUCUCUCAGAACUCUAACAAUCAGUCACUGUAAGCCUGGCUUUGGGAAGGACAGUACACAGCAUGACUGUCCAAAUUGUUGUGUGGUAUGUGAGCCUGGCAGUUUCAGUUCAUCAACAUCCUCCCUUUGUCAGAAGUGUCCCCGUGGUACCUUUGGCAGUGGCUAUGGUCAAGAGUCCUGCACGCCAUGCAAAAAUGGUGAUUUUACAAUGAAUGUUGGAGCAACAUCCAAGAAACAAUGUGAAUCAAUGAAUUUCAAACCAUUUGUCAUCACCAUCGGAAUACUUUCAGCUGCAGUUGUAGUCCUUAUUUUUACCAUCAUUGGACUUUGUUUCAGGUUUGUAUGCUUGCCUCAACUCUCUUAUCAGCCAGUUAACAAAGAGGAGACUUUCUUGCCUGAGGUGCAUGAACCAGAACACUAAAUCCAUUUGAAUAAAAAACAUGAGGCUGUCAGAGUGGUAUCCUCAGAUUCUUCACUGCAGAAUCCUUGAAUAGAAAUCAUCUAUUAAAUAUGCAAGGAAGAGUUCAUGUCAGAAAAGAGAUGUGAUGUGGGUCAUGAAAAAAGCCAACUGCUCCAAAUGAACAGUCAAAAGAACUGGGCUGACCUGUUGCUUUGUAACACUGUUGCCUUGAAUUGUUGUCUUAAGAUUGUCACUAACUAUGAUUGUUGUGGACUUCAUCUGGCUUUGUAUCGGAAGGAUCAUAAUCAAUUAUCAACAUGUGUUUUAUGAAAAUAUCAUGUGAUACAGAAUUAUACCAAUGCACAUCCAGUGAUUUUUUCUAAACGUGAACAACAAUUCAAUGAGGUUAAAAGUUAAUAGAAAGAGCAAAAUUUUGUCUUGA